AUUUUAAAUAACGGAAGAUAUGAGUUCUCUUUUAAGGCAUAAUUCGGAUGCAGGUAUUUAUAAUUAUAAUUAAAUAGCUGCCGUUCCUGCUUUAGCAAGUAUACCAAGUCCAUAAACUACAGAUUAUGAUUGGGUUUUGGUUUCUGGAUUCAUCGUAAUAUUGACUUAAGUUGGGUUUGCAUUUAUUGGAGCAGGAUCAGUCAGAUAUAAGAAUUCAUAAUCAGUAGUAAUCAAAGUCUUCUUGGGAUUAUUUUUAACUGUAUUGAUUUGGUGGUUGGUAAUUAAUAAAGUAAAUAUCGUUAGUUUGGCUAUGGCUUUUCUUUCGGAGAUGAUUUCUAAACUAAAUUCUUGGGAGGAACAAAAUUGGCAGGAGCAAAAUGGGAAGCAACAGCUUAUGGAAAUGAUUAUACAAACUUUGGUAAUAUUGAUAAUUAAUUUGAAAUUAGUAUUCAGAGCAUCAGGUGCAGCAGUAGGAACAGCAAUAUUGGCAGGAGCAGCAGCCGAAAGAAUGACAUUUUUGGGUUGGUCAAUCUUCGCUGUUUUAUAUUCUGGUUUUAUAUAUGCAGGAUUAACACAUUGGACAUUGGCAGCAGGAUGGUAAUUUAAAAUUCAAAAUUAUUUAGGUUGAGUACUCUUGGAUUUAAAGAUUUCUCUGGUGCAGGAGUUGUUUUCUUUGCCGCAGGUGUUGCAGGAUUGAUCUUGACAAUCCUUUUGAAACCCAGAUAAGCCAGAUUCGAUAAUGGAGCCACCCUUGAUUUCAACAGACAUUCUCCAUUGUACAUUGGAUUUGGAUCAUUGUUGGUCUUAGCUGGAUGGCUAUUCUAUAAUGGAGGAGUAGUCAACCAAGGAGCCAAAACUCAAUACACCUAAGGUUUAGUGGCUGUUAACACUUUGAUUGCUGGAGCCACCGGUGGAUUCUUCAGUUUUGUCAUCAGACACUUCCAAUAUGGAACCUCAAACUUGGCAGCUUUGUCUAGAGGAGUUAUUUGUGGAUUGGUAGCAGUCAGUGCAGCUGCAGAUGAUAUGAAGCCAUGGACAGCAUUCCUCUAUGGUGCUAUUGCUGCUUUGAUCUACAGCUUUUUGGCUAAAGUUAUGCCUGCUGCUCAUAUCGAUGACCCAGCUGAGGUUGUAUCAGUUUAUCUUGUAAUGAUUAAAGUUCUAUUGUGAUAGGGUUCAGGAUUCGUUGGAAUUGUGUUAUCAGCAUUAUUCGACUCAAAGGCAGGAGCAUUCUAUGGAUUCGGUGCUAAGUUAUUAGGCAAACAAUUCUUGGGAUUGUUGAUCAUCUUUGCUUGGGUGGCCUUCUUUACCUUGAUUAUACUCCUAGCUUUCAAAGGCUUCGGUAUAUUGAGAAUUGAUGCUGAGACUGAGAACGUUGGUAUUGAUAAAGCUUUAUGUAAAUAUAAACGAAUAGACUUUAGGUUUGGGUGAAGCCAUCGUGUUCGCUAACCAAGUUGAUGAAGUACCUCUUGUUUAAUAAACUGAAUUAGGAAAUCUUAGAUCAAGCUAAUUAGGAUCAGGAUUAAGAUCUGGAUUCAGAUGAAUCAAUUAGAUAAAUUAUAAAUUAGAACAUCUAUUUAUAA